UCUUUCCCACUCCCCAAAAAAAUGAAAAAAAGAAAAAGAAAAUGGAUUUUAGUGAAUAUCGAAACCUAAAAUGUCUGACACCAAACCCACUUUUCACUAUUCUUUCAAGUCUUUUACCAAACGACAAAAGUCCAACACAACUUCCCCUGUUCGUCAUUUACCGUAAACAAAUGACGUUCUUUUCCUCGUAAUGCUUCAUUUCUGCAAAUGGGAUACCUGCUUUGAUCAUGGGGUCAUUGUAAUCAUCUGAAAGGAGAGUCUGUCUCGACUGAUUUGAGCACUGGGGUUUGGAUUUUUUUCUUCUCAACCCAAAGAUUUUGAUUUUUGAAGCUCUGAAAGAAAAAUGCCAAGUGACCCUUCGGAAGAGAGUGAAAAGCCCAUAUUUUUAUCAAAAAGUUCACACUUUUACAAGAUAAUUUUGAGAGACACUCUUGAAGAGAAUAAACUUGGGAUUCCUCAUUAUUUUGUGAAGAAAUGUGGAGAAACUUUAACCGAAACGGUUUAUAUCAAGCUUCCAUGUGGUUCAAAAUGGCAAAUGAAGAUAGAAAAUUGUAGUGGGAAGUUUUGGUUACAAAAGGGUUUCUCAGAAUUUAUGAAGCAUUACUCCAUAGGUAGAGGUUAUGUGCUAACUUUUAGAUAUGAUGGGAAUUCUGAACUUUAUGUUGCCAUAUUUGAUACAACUACUAUGGAGAUAGACUAUUCCUCUUUCCCUGCUCAUUUUGAUAAGUCUAACAAUGAUGAGAAACUCCAAAUUCCAAAGAAGGAAGUUAUUGAUGAUGAUGAUGACAGCAUUGAAAUCUUGGAUGAUAUCUACCCUUGUGACAAUUCAGGGGUAACAUCUCCUAGUGCUCAGUCUCCUAAGAGAAUAAAAACAAGUCCUACAGGAAAACUUGAUUCACCUUUUGAAAGUGACCAAGUUCAAUCUACUGCCCCACGAAAGACGAAUAAUGGGAUUCCUAGAACUAUACCAUUGGUUAAUAGUGAAAAAUAUGAAGCUCUUCAGAGGACUAGCGAUUUUAAAUCUGAACACCCGUAUUUCAAGGUUGUCAUGCAACCAUACUAUAUCCGCAAGGGACGCCUGCACAUAGAGCACCAAUUUGCAAAGAAUCAUCUGAAUAAGAGAUAUUGUGAUGUAAUCCUCAAAGUUCCAAAAGAGAAUGAUGCUUGGCGUGUGAGGUACAGUUUUGGAGAGUGUAAGAAGGCGUCACCAAGGCUCUUACGUGGUUGGUCAGCAUUUGUUCGGGACAAUAAUUUGAAAGUAGGUGAUGUCUGUGCGUUUGUCUUGGUUGAUGCGGUAAAUAUUUCAUUUGAGGUUGUAAGAUUAGAUCCUGAAAGAAGCUCAAAUAGUCAUAUGUCCACAGCUCAUCAUGAAUCUGAAACCCCUAGCUUUCACAAUUUUUCUCCUGCAAUACAAGAAAAGGGAUGCAAUUCGAGUCAGAAUUCAAAGCCACCAUUGUUUGGAGAGCAACAUCUCUCGGCUUUCAAUGAGAGAGUUAAAUUUUAUGAAAAUUCUGCUUUUGAAAGUGGAAAUCCAUUCUUCAAGAUAGUUAUUGAACGAUCAAAUACGUGGUAUGCGUGUGUACCAUUAGACAUAGCUGACAAACACAUUAAGAAUGAUUGUGAUGUCACUCUUUCCAUUCCAAAUGGUAGAUUUUGGUCUGCUCAAUUCAGGAGGAGGAAGUGCUAUACAACUGGGAAAACUGAAGCUGUAAUAUGUACUGGUUGGAAAGAAUUCAUGGCAAAAAACGAUUUGAAAUUGGACGAUGUCUGUGUUUUCCAGCUCCGUCAUAAUGGAACUGAGAUUUCAUUUCAUAUUUCGAUUGUUCGAGUUGGCUCUGCUGCUGUUGUUGUUGAUGAUGAGUUAAAAUGCCAAAAGCCUCAAGUUAAAUAUGAUUAUUUUCUGGUUCCACAAUCUUUUGUCAAAAAAAGUGGAGAAAGUUUAACUGAAUCAGUGUUUGUUAAGCUUCCAUGUGGUUCCAAGUGGAAAAUGAAGUUAGAAAAUUAUAAGGAAAAGUUUUGGUUAGAAGAAGGUUGGCCAGAAUUUGUGAAGCAUUAUUCCAUAGAAAGAGGCUAUAUGCUAACUUUCAGAUAUGAUGGGAAUUCUGAGAUUUAUGUUGUCAUAUUUGGUACAAAUAAUGUAGAAAUAGAUUAUCCCCCUGCCCCUGUUGAUUUUGGUAAGUCUAACAUAGACAACGGGGAACUGAGAGUUCCCAAGAGGGAAGUUAUUGAUGAUGAUGAUGACAGGUUUGAAAUCUUGGAUGAUAUCUCUUCUUGCCCCGAAACAGGAGUAAAAUCUUCAUGUUCUCCACCUUCUAAGAGAGUGAAAACAAAUCCUCCUGGAAAACUUGAUUCGCCUUCUAAAAGUAGCGGAGAUGAAUUCGCCACUACCACCCCAAAAAAGAUGAAAUAUGGGAUUCCUAAAACUAUGAAAACAUUGAAUACCAUUGAAAGAGCGAUUGCUCUUCAGAGGACUAAUGCUUUUACAUCUGAACACCCAUUUUUCAAGAUGGUCAUGCAACCGUACUAUAUUCUUGGUAAAAAUUUGUCAAAUAUUAGAAUUAACAGAUAUGCUUCCUUAGAACAAGUUGUUUACUUUUCUGUUUUGUAUCUUUUUAGAAUGUGCUCUCAUAUCUCCUUAGUUUCCUUAUUGCAUAUUGCUUUGUUGCAGAACUUUCCACACUUAUUUGCACAGAUAUAUCUAAAUAAUAACAGAUUUUGUGAUGUAACCCUCAAAGUUCAAAAUAAAAACAAAACUUGGCAUGUUAAGUACGCAUAUAGAGAACAUAAGAGUGCGGCACCCAGGUUCCAAGGUGGUUGGCGAUCAUUUGUCGUGGACAAUAAUUUGAAAGUAGGUGAUGUGUGUGUAUUUGUUUUGCUUAAGGCCACAGACGAUAUUUCAUUUGAAGUUGUAAUUUUUCGCGCUGAAGAAAGCUCGAAAGAUUCUGUAGGCACAACUGAUAAUGAAGUUGGAACACCUGGUUUUCCCAAUAGUUCUUCUGAAAAACAAGAAUUCGGGAAGCAACUUCCUUCGACUUUCAAUGAGAGAGUUAAAAGUAUUGAAAAAGAUAGUUCUUCUGAAAAGCAAGAAUUUAGGAAGCAACUUCCUUCGACUUUCGUUGAGAGAGUUAAAAGUAUUGAAAAAGAUGCUAUUGAAAAUGAAAAUCCUUUCUUCAAGGCUGUUAUACAACCAUCAAAUAAGUGGUAUAUGCGUGUGCCAUUAGAAAUAGCUGACCAAUACAUUACGAAAGAUGGUGAUAUGGCUCUUGCAAUUCCAAAUGGUGGACAAUGGCCUGCUCAAUUCAAGAGGAGGACGAGCUAUGCAACUGGAAAAUCUGCAGCUGUAAUCUAUGAUGGUUGGAAUGAAUUCAUGACAGAAAACGAUUUGGAAGUGGGUGAUGUCUGUAUAUUCGAGCUUCUUAACAGAACAGAAGUUGUGUUUUAUGUUUCUAUUGUCCGAGUUUCUGAUUUUUCAAAACAAGAAAGGUCUCAAGCCAAUAAAUCGCCAGAAGUUGAGAAGAAGAAGCCAAAGGGAGAUGUGAGGGUGAAAAUUGAAACAGACUCAUGA